AUGACAGAAACUACCUCGAUAAACGACUGCGCUAUUUGCUGGACGGAAGCCGAGAACCCAGUGCACACAGCUUGCAAACAUGUCUACUGCGCUGGCUGCUUCGAAUACCUAUGCUUUGCUGGUGUCAACUCUGACGCCUGUAUCCGUUGCCAAGAUGACGCUGGCAAAUACCAUGAAGUGCUCCUCUUGGCCGAACUUCAGGCGCACCUUCCGUCUGCUGUCCUUGAAGAUAUUCUUGAGAACGCUUUCACAACUCACGUAACCCGUCAUCUUCACAACCUGCAAUACUGUCCUACCCCGGACUGCGGGCAGCUAUAUCGGGCCACAACUCCAGCGGGACACAACGAUGGCAUUGCUGAUACCGACGAAAGCCACUUGUUCAUCUGUCCUGCAUGCCUCGUGGCUGUAUGCACGGCCUGCAAAGUCUCACACGAUGGUCUGGCAUGUGUGGAGCACAGUGACUGCGCAUCCGGCGGUUACCAGGCAUUGCAGACGGCCAAGAAGAAAUUCGGCAUCAAGGACUCUCCCAAAUGUGGCAUCAUGAUUGAGAAGACGUUCGGCUGCAAUCAUAUGACCUGCUCAACUUGUGGAGCCCAUAUCUGCUGGGUGUGCUUGAAGUCUUUCUCGAAAGGAGAUCUUGUGUACAAACAUAUGAGCCGCGAGCAUGGUGGGAUUGGUGUACAUUACUUCCCGGAUUUGGCUUAG